ACCGUGGUUCAAGUGAAACUGUAUCCUGUAGGACCAGGAGGGGUGGUCGUAGCGUUUAGGACACCAUUCAGUGUGCCCUGCAAGAGUGACUGCUGCCGGGGAAAGCGAGAUGGAAUCAACAGUCUUGAGAGGAAACUGAAGAGACGCCUGGACAGAGAAGGCCUCUCCCAUGAGCGGUGGGGUCGAGUGAAGAAAAUGCGGACCCCCAAAAAGAAGAAAAUAAAACUGAGCCACCCCAAGGACAUAAAUAAUUUCAAAUUAGAGAGGGAGCGUAGCUAUGAGUUAGUCCGCUCUGCUGAAACUCAUUCCCUGCCCUCAGACACAUCCUUUUCCGAGCAGGAGGACUCUGAGGAUGAAGAUGCCAUCUGUCCAGCUGCGAGCUGCCUGCAGCCAGAAGGAGAUGAGGUGGACUGGGUCCAGUGUGAUGGCAGCUGCAAUCAGUGGUUUCAUCAGGUCUGUGUUGGUGUUUCUCCAGAGAUGGCAGAGAAAGAAGACUACAUCUGUGUGCGCUGUACUGGGAAGGACACACCGAGCCGAAAGUAGACACAAAACAAACACCCCCACUUAAUGUAAUUCAAGACUCCAACCAGGAUGAUUUUCUCAAAUCUCAGCAAAGCUACAGGACUGGAAUUGAAGCCAGCCUGUACACGGUGCUAUUUCUAUUCCUUAUGGGAUCAUUUUUCCAGAACUCUUUGAAAAAAAGAAAAAACAACAAAAAAAAUUUUGACACUUUUUGUAUUUUUUUCUUUAAGAGCUGUUUGUGGUUAUUGAGGUUUGAAAUGCUGACUGUUUUUUGCAGGGGUUUCCACCAAUUUGGAAGGCAUUGAAGCUCGCACCUUUUCAUGUACAGCAUUAAAAUUGUACCUCUGUCUGGGAUUUUACCGGCAUAAGAGUCCAACUCAGUUUCAAUGCCCAGAAGGGGCACCAGAAGUUCCAGUAAAUCCUCAAUUGAGGAAUCUUUCUCUUGUUUACCCUGUUGUUACCAUAUUGGGGAAUUUUAGGUUUUUCACUUUUGGGGUUUUGGUUUGUUUAUCUACUUUUCUUUUUUUCUGGUAGACCAGGUUUAUUUAUCUGAGCAAUAACUUCUAUGUUGGUUUCAGUGGCUGGAAUUAAAACAAAACAAACUUCUGAACAGUGUGUUGGUGCUUUAGCAAUUGGUUGAUGUACAGAACGCAAAUGUCUAGUUUCUAGUGUCACUGAUGAACUAGUGAUGUAGAAAAGAGGCUGCUCUGUAAGUAACUGCCACAGCUGUAUUUUGGCUUCCUCCCUGCCCAUUCCUUCCUCCCCUCUUUUUUGGUAGCUUGUAUCAAAUGUUGCAGUUUAUAUUGUGGAAUAAAUCCUUGGUCCUAAUAUAACACUAAAUGCUGGUUAUUUAGAGCCAUUAGAUCAUAGCUUCUUCUGCCCCCACCAUGUGUGCUUCCGAAUCCAGAAGGGCUGCUUGCCUUGGCUUCUGUCCACCCAAGCCACAAUAGCAGUGACCGUCAGCCUGCACACAGCACAAGGGGAGUCUUGUUUUGUAGCCUGCCCUUUUUGGUGGGCCAUAUGACUCUAGGCCCUACUAGUAAAGUACCUCUUGGUUUUCAAAGACCAUAACCUGCCCCUAAAACGAUUCUCUUCUUCAAUAGAUUCUUUCAGAAGGUUGGUGAAUCAGACCUCCUUGUGGAAGUGACAUCUUUACCAUAUUUCACUUGACAGGGAAAGUUGGUUUAGGGUCAAGAGGUUGGAAGGAAAUCAAAGGAAAAUUCAUCUUCAUGGCGGGUCAGGUUUAGCAUAUGGGUCGAGGGAAAACUUGAACAGCCAACCUCUGCUUUUUCCAGUCUCCUUUCCUGUCUUCCUCUAACUCUCUGGAUCACACUGGUUGUGGAUAGCUCCUAGCCAUUUUUCUUCCUUUCCUUUUUAAGGGGGUCUGUUCUGCAGUGGACAGGGCAUCCUGGUGGACAGAACACUCUUUUCUGUUGCUGAUGUUCGUUUUCCUCACAUUUGAUAGCCAUAAACCCGAAGGUGGGUAGAACAAGUGGGUCUUUAAUAAAAUAAAGCACCACCAACAAAAAGCAGUUUGCGCUGUAGCAGAGAUUCAAAUGUACUAUCCCCUUUUAUGCAAUUCAAAUAAUUAAAUCUCUUUUUAAGAAUGACUCCUAGUCGUCUGCAGUUUUCCAGCAGUUGUUGUGAUGUCUUGUCCUCGUCUGAUUGAGGUUCUGGGGCCUGCAGGAAAGAAUAGCGUCCAGUGCACAAUCAGAAAUAAUAGUAUUUUGGUCUUUUUGUAUCCAAAUUCGUUCCCCAUCCCCUAAGAGGAGAACAGUAUACUGACUGUCUCUGUUCUCAUCUUCCCCUGAGAAAAGAGGCCUCUAAGGGGACACUUCUGAGGCUAGAGUUAUGGCUCAGUAGUGGAGCUUCUGCCUAACAUGUUCAGGGCCCUAGCUUCCAUUCCUGACACUGCAAGAAUGGCAGGAGGCGCUGCUGCUGAAAUGAAGCCUUUGCCCUUAGAGCUCUCACUUGUCAAGUAUAAACCCAUGCCCCGCCCAUUCUUCUGUACCUGUAGGUUGUGCUGGAUCCCGGACAGUAGCAGCCUUGAUGAGGCAGCGUCUCUGUAUCUCUGAGUGAGGGUGAGAGGCAGGCAGAUGUGUAUUUGAUCAAUCCCCACCUAGGUGAGAACCACACGUGCUGUUGCUGAAGUGUCAUUGCCCAAGAUUACACUGCUAGUAAAUCAGAAAGCCUGGGUUUUCUUUUCAGUUCUAGUGUGUGUCCUACCUUGUAUAUGGUGAAACACUGCAAAUGGACGCCAAGGUAUAUCUGCUAUCCUAUUUCCAUGACUGCAGACCUAUGUGAUCUAAAAACCAUGUUUCUCUGUGUGUUAGCUGUGAAGCUGGCCAGGAAGGAAGGAGGGAGAAACACAGGAAUUGUCACUUGAGUUUCCCUCCACAGCUCCCAGAGUGGGGACACGAGGACCCCAGGAUGUAGAUAUGAGCCUGAGGGCCAGCAGGUGACCAGCGAGUCUGGGGAACUGAACCCCACAGUGGUUUAGAGGAGUGGAUUCCCCACUCAGCACAGGGAUGAGUGGUGGUGCUUCUACAACAGGUCCUGGGGAGUGGAUUUAGCUUGUAUGAGCCUUUGUCCUGGAGAAAGAUUGUGUAAUUUGAACUGACUAUAAAGAGAGGUUGACUAAUUUGUGCGUGUAUGUGUGUGUGUGGUGGCGGUGGCUGUUAGGAUCAAGCCGACAGCCUUGCUUAUGCUGAGCAAGCACUGUACCACUGAGCUACAUCCUCAGCCCCAAAUUCAUUGCAGUCUUCCUGGAGGUGGGGCUUAGUUUUCUAUCUCAAGAUUAACCUAAAGCAGGGCCAGACAUUUAGCUCAGUGGUUCCACUGCCUGCAUUGCAAGCACAAGGA